AUGGAGUAUAUCAAGGUAGCAAAAGUUGACGAUGUUAUCUUGCAUAGAAAAGGUAUUUCCGUAAACGGAUCAUUACAUUUAACCACACAUCAUUUAAUAUUUACCUCGCCAUCACUUGCACGUGAAUUUUGGUUUUCUUACCCAACUAUUGGUUCUGUCUUUAAGAAUCGUGGAAGUGCGCUAAUAUCGAAGUACAAAAAUCAUUCUGAGGUGAGGGACGACCCUUUGUAUGCAGGUAAAGACAUAUGGUCAUUUUGCAGCAUCAAAGUUAUUGGUAAAGACUACACAGUUUUUUCGCUCGAUUUCCAGGACGAUGCCCAAGCGCAGGAUGUUUAUGAUUCCAUCGAGAAGCUAACGGUAAUUAAUGAUGUUAGUCAGCUGUACGCUUUUAUUUACACUCCUAAUAAGGCAGAGAGUCCCUUGAAUUCUUGGAAAAUGUAUGAUCCGCUGAAAGAAUUUAAAAGGCAGGGUCUUUCCCUGGAGGGCAGCUGCAAGUGGAGAGUCACUGACAUAAAUCAUGAUUAUUCCUUUUGCAAAACAUAUCCAAGCUUCUUAAUUGUUCCUACCACCGUUUCAGAUACGCUACUCACGCAUGCUGUCAAAUAUAGAUCACAAAAUCGCAUACCAACUUUGGCGUAUUUCUACAAGAAUACCGGGGCCUCCAUUAUCAGAAGUUCCCAACCCUUGCCCGGAUUAACGCAGCAACGUUCUGUUCAAGAUGAAAAGCUUGUUCGUGAAAGCUUCAACUGCUCACAUGAUCAAGAUGGCUUAAGAACUCGAAUGGUCAAGAACAUAAUCGUCGACGCAAGACCAACUACUAACGCAAUGGCUCAAAAGGCAUUAGGCGGGGGAUCUGAAAACAUGGACAACUACAAUUUCGGAGGAACCGCUACAAGAAUGUUCCUUGGAAUUGACAAUAUUCACGUAAUGAGAGACACUUUAAACAACUUGGUGGACAAUUUUUUAGUUGAUUUGGAUCUUAAUUUACCCAUUGAUAAAUCGACUUUAAACGAAGGAAAGGCCUCACAGUGGUUAAAGUACAUCAAAUUGCUAUUAUCCUCCACAGAGACCUUAACAAAAUCCAUGCUAUUCAACAAAUCCAACCUACUAAUACAUUGUUCCGAUGGUUGGGAUCGCACCACUCAAGUAUGCUCUUUGAUUCAGAUUUGCCUCGAUCCAUUUUAUAGAACAAUUGAAGGAUUCUGUACAUUAGUGGAAAAGGAUUGGCUUUCGUUCGGUCACCGGUUUGCGGAGAGAUCUGGUCAUUUAAGUUCCGUAAGCUUGUUCCACGACAAUUCGGUUAGAAUGAGCAUUUCAGGAGCUGCCAAUAAUGUCACUCAAAGCAUUGACCUGAAUUCAAGUCUCUUUGGAUCAUUUUCUAAUGGUGAUAAAAAGGAGGGAAACUUUGGGGAAAUGUCUGAAAUGGACAAUUCGACCAUCAUGCCGCCUUCUGAUUUGGUUAACAAGGUAUCUAAACGAUUUAAGAAAAAGAACACACUCAAACUAACUUCGCCCAUAUUCCAACAAUUUGUUGAUUGUGUCUACCAGUUACAAAACCAAAACCCGACUCAGUUUGAAUUCAACGAACGUUUUCUGAGAAGGCUUGUAUAUCAUCUUUACUCAUGCCAAUACGGAACAUUUCUAUUCAAUAACGAGCAAGAAAGAGUAAGCUGUCACGCAUACGAAAAGACAAGGAGUGUAUGGGAUUAUUUUAAGUCUCGAAAAGCAGAAUUUGCUAAUUCUACCUACUCGCCAUCUGAAAAUCAAGAAGACUGGCUGUUACCAGAUCUCAAUAAGGUACAAUGGUGGUGGCAAUUAUUUGGAAGGAGAGAUGAAGAAAUGAACGGAGACGUGGUCACUACACUGGAUGAACAAAUAUCAUCAGAGGAGGAAAAAAAAUCGUCAUUAAGAUUUCUCACCUUUAGCCUAGAUAUAUUUAACAAAAAAUAG